GGUUCCAAAGUUUAUUUCUUCUUGUUCCAGUCUUUAGAAGAGAUUUCUCCUUAUGGGAUGUAGCUGAUUUGGGGAUGUCUGGUUAAGGGGGGAAAGAAAUUGAUCUAGGUACAAAUGAACAAAGCAAACAUGUUUGGGGGGAGAAACUAGGUUGUCUGACCCUCCCCUUUUUGUGUGGUGUAUCAAAGCUUCAUUACUUAAAGAGAAAAAAAAAAGGUGUUUAAUAAUUACCUUUGUUGACCUCUGUACCUUCUGGCGUCCUUCAUUCCUGGGCACAAGACAUGGCCAUUACUAGGGCACGACCGUGCAGACGCAGGCGCUCAUCUGCACUGGCAACUCCCUGGGCUCAGCAAGGUCAAGAACAAGCCCCCUAGAACUGGCAGGAGGCAAAAAUGGGGGAGACAAGCCUGAGAAAAAGGAGAGAGGAUGAGAAGUCAAUCCAGAGUAAUGAACCCAAGACAACAAGUCUCCAGAAGGAGGUGGGCCUGCUCAGUGGCAUCUGCAUCAUUGUGGGCACUAUCAUCGGCUCUGGGAUCUUCAUUUCCCCCAAGUCUGUGCUCAGCAACACGGAAGCCGUGGGGCCCUGUCUCAUCAUAUGGGCGGCCUGUGGAAUACUUGCAACACUGGGUGCUCUGUGCUUUGCAGAACUUGGGACAAUGAUCACCAAGUCAGGGGGUGAAUACCCUUACCUGAUGGAGGCCUUCGGCCCCAUCCCCGCCUAUCUCUUUUCCUGGACCAGCUUGUUCGUCAUAAAGCCCUCAUCCUUCGCCAUCAUCUGCCUCAGCUUUUCUGAGUAUGCUGCUGCGCCCUUCUACUCCGGCUGCAAGCCUCCUGAAGCUGUCGUUAAAUGCCUGGCUGCCGCUGCCAUCUUGCUCAUCACCAUGGUGAACGCGCUGAGCGUCCGGCUAGGCAGCUACAUCCAGAAUGUGUUCACAGCGGCCAAGCUGGUGAUCGUGGCCAUCAUCAUCAUCAGCGGACUUGUCCUCCUGGCCCAAGGUGACCUUCUGCGGGAGGGUGGGGUGGGCAUCACAAGGCUUGUUUAUGUCGCAGGCCGGGAAGGCCACAUGCUCAAAGUGCUCUCUUACAUUAGCGUCAAGCGCCUGACUCCAGCCCCUGCCAUCAUCUUUUAUGGUAUCAUAGCAACUAUUUAUAUCAUCCCUGGUGAUAUCAACUCAUUAGUCAACUACUUCAGUUUUGCCGCAUGGCUAUUUUAUGGCUUGACGGUUCUAGGACUAAUUGUGAUGAGGUUCACGAGGAAAGAACUGGAAAGGCCCAUCAAGGUGCCCAUUUUCAUCCCCGUCUUGGUGACUCUCGUGUCCUUGUUCUUGGUUUUGGCCCCAAUCAUCAGUGAACCUGCGUGGGAGUAUCUCUACUGUGUGAUCUUUAUACUGAGCGGCCUUAUAUUUUACUUCCUUUUUGUCCACUAUAAGUUUGCAUGGGCUCAGAGAAUCUCAAGGCCUAUCACCAUGCACCUUCAGAUGCUCAUGGAAGUUGUCCCACCAGAGGAAGCUCCGGAGUAACAAGCUCCUUCGCCGGUACCACGUCCAAGCUGUGAUGACUUUAUUUUUGUAAGCAGUAUUUGUGGUUAUUCCUUCCUGAUGUUUUCCUUAAAACGAUGUAUUCAGAUGUUUAUGAAACUGGCACUUUUAGAUAUCCUGAGUUCUCUGGGUGGGGGUGGGGGGCUUCUAGAUAGGAGCAGUGACGAUAUUAACAGGUUGAAGAUGUGACCUAACAGAAGGCUGACGGCCAGGCGACGGCUGAAUGAAAACCACUACUAUAAUGGCGGCGACUCUUUAACAAGCGGCACAUCACACCUACUUAAAUAAAGGGUAUUCUUUAAACUCAA